UCUGCGAUGUGUUAGCGGUAGACAUGUUCUUUUAGUGAAUCAAUUGUUUUCUUGCAGAACUGACAUGGUUUUGAAAAGGUAUUUCAACGUGGAUAUAUUUAGAUCCAGUUUUUCUCGCUUCAUGCUACGCUUUAUGCUACUGUCAGCUCUAAUCGCUGGAUUCCUCCUCGUGCUUCUGAGUAUGACACAUUUCCCCAGGAGUACAAAGGCUACAAGUACACGGUUGUACUACACUCGCCUGGCAGCCAACAGUACUUCUGAUCUCAAUAGAGAUUCUUCUGAUGUAAGCAAACCAAAGAGCUCUGUGGUCACACCAAAAGAUAACACGCCGAAAGAAUCUCAGCACCACGAUAUCAAAUGGCAAUCAGAGUAUUUUCCAGAGCUGGAGAAAGACCCUGUUUUACAAUCUAUUGUGAGUAGAUAUCAGUCUAAAAUGAACCAAAGAAAACGAAAGUUAGUAAAUGAAAAUAACUUUCAAUACAUUCAUAACGUCCCCAAUGCAUGUGUAGGGAGAAAAGUGAAACUGAUCGUUGGAGUUCCAUCUAGAACCGAUAGUUUUGAAGCUCGACAGGCAGUCCGGGAAACAUGGGGUCAAUAUGCCCUCGUCCCUGCGAAUAAUGCCGUCGUGUUGUUUUUCCUUGGUGUUCAGCCAGACAGAGCAGGCCAAGAGCACAUUGAUGCAGAGGCUUUGAAAUUUGGUGAUAUCGUUCAAGAGGACUUUGAGGACACCUACAGAAAUUUGAGUCUGAAGAGCAUCGCUAUAAUGAACUGGGUCAGCAUGUAUUGCCCUGAUUCGCUUUUUGUCCUGAAAGCAGAUGACGAUAUGUAUAUUAACGUGCCACGCCUGGUGGCCAGGCUACAGAAACAGAUGGCUCUAGGGCCAUGUUUUCUGAUUGGGGCGCUGCACUCCAACACGUCCCCCUUCAGAGACUCUAAGAACAAGUGGUACGUAACAAAAGCAGAGUAUCCUGAAAAGUAUUUCCCAAAUUACCUGUCAGGUACUGCCUACGCCAUGACCACGUCAGCAGCCAUGCGGCUAUUCAUCGAAUCAUUUUACGUGAAGCUAUUGUUCCUGGAAGAUGUUUAUUUGACCGGGCUGGUGGCUGACCAGGCAUCAGUACCCAGAGUAGCGGAUGAAGAUUUUAGCUGGCUCAAGUACGAGGCUAGUGGAUGUCAAUACCGAGAUAAAAUCAGUGGACACAAGAACAGCCCAGAAGAGAUACGUAAAAUACACAAAGAAUUGUACGACCCAAACCUCCGGUGUAGUUAAUAUAUAGUACUCUGUUUAUCAUGUGCUACACAAAUUGCUAUAAGAAAUUUAAAUGAAUUCUGCUUAAACACACAAAAAAAAUCAAUUUUUUUUUAAUGCAACAUAAAAAAUAUUUAAUCAAAAGAACUCAAAAGCAAUAGUACAGAAUAAUGUUCAGUUUCUACGUGCAAUUUUUAAAAUGUGACAUACUAAUACAAUAUACUCCAGCUUAAAAUAGAAUCUACUGGCCCAUGAAUAUAAGAAUAGAGACUUCACAAAGUGAAGUUUAAUAUUGUUGAAGUCCUGGAUAACUCAGGGGAGUCACCAAUGUUAAAAAUAAAAAGAUUAAUUGACAGAGUGGUAUCGUCAAAGACUCAGCUAUUCUUUGAUUUGAGAUUUCGUAAAGAAACUUAACUCAUAACCAGAGGUUUGCACGAAUUGUUGAGCCACAAAAAAGGCCACCAAAAAAGAAUUUAUCGUGAUAAAUUAUCAUCUCUCUCAUCUGCCUGUGACUUUCGUCGUAGUGUCAGAUCGCGUAACAAAAUCCCUUCAUUUUCUCGGUCAGCAGCUCUCCUAAGCAGGAUCUCAUGAUGAAGGCCGAUUUAUUCUUUUACAUUGUCCAGCCAGCUUUUCUUUCGACGACCCUUUCUUCGUGCUCCUUGCAUUGUACCUUGAGGGAUGACUUUUGAUAGUAAGUCAUGUCUUUAAGUAUAACCAAACCAGCUCAACUUUCGUCUCUUCGUAGUGUCUAGGUCUAGGGGUUUUGCCAGCCAGUGAUGACUUGUACAAAUACAAACUCGUUCUUCUUCUUUUCCUGGUAUCUGGUACCCACCAUUUAUGUGUAGCAUUUACUGUCAAAGGCUUGAAUUCUUCUUUCAGUCUCAGCGUUGGGUGUCCAACUUUCACAACCAGAUAGAGUCUAGACGUAGUGACAACAAGCGAAGAAAACAGUCUUAAUUUUAUCUGGAAGCUGAUGUUACUCUUUCAGAUUUUCCACAAUUUGCUCAUGACGGCGGAUGCCAAGCUUAAACGGAUUUGUAUAUCUUUUAAUGAUCCUCCAGCUCUUGUUAUAUCUGACCCUAUGUAUUUAGAUCAGUCAACGUCUUCUAAUGAUAGGCCAUUCAAUUGUACGCAACACUUCGUACUACCUUCACCACUUUGCUUUGCUCUUGUCAGCACUGAUUUCCAUACCAACGUCUCUAGCUGUAGCAUCAAGUUUGGAAGUAAGAUCUUGUUCGUAGUCUGCAUGCUUAUCAACGAGGUCUGAUAAACUCUAAUACAUCUGCAAACAUGACAUUGAAACAGGCCGCUUAUUUGUGGCUUCAUAUUCUGUAAAUUAUUUCCAUCAGGAUAUGCUCCAGAAAUAUGUUACAAAGAGCUGGUAGAGAACGCACUCCGAUGUCUUGUGACAAAUCCAAAUAAACUAUUCAAAUGUA